AAACCCACAAUUAAAGCUCCCCCUCAUAAUCCAAACCUACGACCUCAACCUGACGUUGCCUUCACCUCCCAAAAUUUCUGGCAUCAAGAGGCGCCUGCAUAACACGCAAAACAAACAGGACGUAGGUAAAACACUCCUCUCAUCCGUAUGAUCCUUCCCGAGCACGGCACUUUUGAUGCACCCACACGCUUCUUCCCAGUCGCUUAUAUCCACGAGGGCAUUCACCACCGUACACCUGUAAAGAUAAGAUACAGGUAAAAAAAGUUGAGAGGGAAAAAAGUCGAAAGCACUUUUUAGAGAGAGAAAGAGAGCGGCGUUGAGGGAGGACUCGUGAGGAGAUCUGAAAUCGAACAAUCCAAGAUCGAAACUUGGGUUUUUCUUCUGUAGAUUUUUUUGUGUUUCUUUGGAUCCGGUGGUUGAAACUUGGGGGAACUCUCAAGUUUGGGAGGUGAAAUUUAGGGUUUUUGGUGCAGAGGUCGUUGAACCCUAUUUCGGACCUGGUUGCGGGUACAGAAUUGUUUUGGUUGGAGACUGGAAAAAAGGAAUUAGGGUUUAAAACCCUAAUAUAUGUGUAUGGCUUCGGGGAUAGUAGCUGGAGAAGGAAAAGAUGGUGAGAGAGAGAAACAGAGGUACAGUGAGAACAAGGUUUAUACCAGGAAAGCGUUCAAGGGUUCCAAGAAAAACAAUCUUCUCAACUCCACUGUUAACAGUAGCAACCUCAACCACCACCACAACCACGACACCACCACCACCACCUCCACCUCCACCACCACCACCAACAACCAUGACAACAACAAAAACAACAGCAACGUGGAUAGGGCUGCUGUGAAUGACACUGAUGUCACCCCAACAGCUGUCCCUAACACCGACGACUACAGCAACCACCCUGUAGAAAGACCUGGUCAGCCUCUUCCUUUGGAGUUUGGGGGUUCAGCUCACCAACAGCCUGGUCCUCGCGUAGAUACUGCUGUGUCUGAUGACUGUUCAAACCUUAAUAAGCAGGCGGCUGUGGCUGGAGCAUUGAAGCCUAGUUCCGAGAACCAGGUGAAGAUCAAUUUGGCUUCAAGGUCAAAGCAGGAGUUGGGGGAACUGAGGAGGAAGUUGGUAAGUGAGCUUGAUUUGGUAAGGAGUUUGGUGAAGAGGAUUGAAGCUAAAGAAGCGCAAAUACGGGGCUUUAGUAAUGCCCCUGUUCCUCUGAAUAAUGCCGUUGAUUAUGGUUUCAAUAGGGUUCAACCAGAGCCGGCCUCAGUGGGCAUUUCGGCUGAGCCUGUUAAGAAAUCAAGGCCUUUGAAUCAGUUGAAUAUUUCUGCCUUGGAAAAUAGUCAGGGUGCAAAUGAAAAUUUGGAGAAGGAGAAAAGGACGCCCAAGGCAAAUCAGUUUUAUCGUAAUUCUGAGUUUUUGCUUGCAAAAGAUAAGUUCCCACCAGCUGAGAGUAACAAGAAGUUGAAAUUAAAUGGGAAGAAGCAAGGAGGAGGUGAAUUCACACACGGAUUUGGCAUGGGUAAUAAGUUCUUUAAGAACUGUAGUUCUUUGCUUGAAAGACUAAUGAAACACAAGCAUGGUUGGGUCUUUAAUUCUCCUGUUGAUGUCAAAGGUCUUGGUUUGCAUGAUUACUAUAGUGUCAUUAAGCAUCCCAUGGAUUUGGGUACUGUGAAAACAAGGCUUGGUAAAAACUGGUACAAGUCACCAAGAGAGUUUGCAGAGGAUGUGAGAUUGACGUUUCAGAAUGCCAUGACAUAUAAUCCUAAGGGACAAGAUGUUCAUGUAAUGGCAGAGCAAUUAUCAAAGAUAUUUGAGGGCAAAUGGGCUUCUAUAGAGGCAGAUUAUAUUCGAGAUAUGAGACUUGCAGUAGAAUAUGAAGCGAGUCUCCGUAUGCCAACACCAAGAAAGGCACAUUCAAUGCUACCACCUCCUCUUGAUACAAGAAGGACCUUGGAUAGAUCAGAGUCAAUGACACGCCCUGUUGAUCCCAGACCAAAACUUAUUGCUACUACUCCUUUGGGUAGGACUCCUGCUCCAAAAAAGCCUAAAGCAAAGGAUCCUUACAAGAGGGAUAUGACUUAUGAAGAGAAGCAGAAGCUUAGCACUAACCUUCAAAGUUUGCCUUCAGAGAAGCUGGACAACAUUGUACAGAUUAUUAAAAAAAGGAAUUCAGCUGUCCUUCAACAUGACGAUGAAAUAGAAGUAGACAUUGACAGUGUGGAUACCGAGACUCUUUGGGAGCUGGAUAGAUUUGUUACCAACUACAAGAAAAGUUUGAGCAAAAACAAGAGAAAGGCUGAGCUUUCCAUUCAAGCCAGAGCAGAAGCUGCACAGAUUGUACCUGAGAAAUUGCAGACUGUGGCUCCUGUUUUGGUGGAAGUGCCCAAGGAAACCACAACUAAUGAACAGAAUGUGUCCAGAUCACUUGUUGAAGAAGAAAAACAGGGAGAUGCUGCUAGUAGGUCAAGUAGUUCAAGUAGCUCUAGCAGUGAUUCUGGGUCUUCUUCAAGUGACUCUGAUAGUGAAAGUUCCUCAGCCUCCGGAUCUGAUGCUGGACAUUCACCUAGAGCUUGAGUGUUUCUAAUAUAGAUUGGCCUCUGUGAAUUUGAUGUUGCAUUUGGGUGUAUAGUGAAGAUUUUGGUACCUCGGACCUGACGGGCUCCCUGCAGGCGGUUGAGCCACCGCCGAGAUGCUGUUGUUGGAACUGGGAACAAGAUUUCAGCAGCACUUGAUAAUUUGUGGUGUAUCUGUAUAAUUAUAAUUAGGAUGGGUAGAAUGUGGUGUUGAAUGGGUAGGGAUUAGAAAUAGGAAAAAUUGGAAGCACGUGUGUACAUUACUAAUUUAACAAGUGCUACUCAACUCACCCUAGUUUCAUGGAACUUUGUUUAUUGUGUUUAUGCUUUGUGAUGGGCAGAUUCUUUGAUUUGAUGUUAUUAUACGGAAAGAAAGAAACAAGGCCUUGUAAUUCAAAAGUAGUAAGUAUGCUUCAAAUGAAAAAAAUAAUAAUUAUGAUUU